AUGGAAUUUGGUAAAGAAUUCAAACAUUUACAAAUGACACAUGGAAUUCAGAGACGCACUCUACUCAGUUCUGUCAAGAAAAAAGACAAUAACUCAGACGAUGAUAACAAUGUAAUACAAUCAAGAUCACCGUCACCAAGGAUAUAUGAUAUAGAGGCACAAUCUCCGCGACGCCUACCUAGUGUCUUAAAGAAAACUGUGCCUCAUUCACCAUGUCUGAUGAUCCUAGAUGAAGGAAACAGAUUGAGUGAAGAUUCCAGAAAAUCUGAGGGGUCUCCUCGCAAGAUGCAUGUACAUUUCAGCAAUACAUUAGAAGUUGUUCACGAUAUUCGGGAUUCAUCUACGGAGGAUUCCCCUAGUUCUUACGAUUCUAAACCAACUCCGUCUGAAUACAGCAGUGACUUCGAAAAAACUGAAUCUAAUACUGAAAAAUCUUCUUAUGGAAAAUAUUCCAGUGAUUUUGAUUCCUCAACACUGUCUGGUAAAUAUGUCAGUGAUUUUGAAACUCUGAGUGAUAAUUCUCAAACAGAUCAAGAAACUUCUGACUUGGCCACGUUCUCUGAACUGACAGACAAUAGUGACUCAACUCGUACUUAUAGUGACAGUGAUUCAUAUACAGAGUCACUAUAUAGUGAUAUCAGUUCACUAGAACGAGACUCGUCACUAUCAGGAGAUGUCUUCACGGACACAUUCGAAUCUUUACCAUAUACCUCAGAAACAUCUAAAACCUCACUUCGGCAUAGUAUAUUGGAUAGCCUUGCCUUUCCAGAUUUGAGUGAUAUUGAAGCCAGUGAGGUGUCUUCUACUCAGAGUCAGUUUAUAGCCGACACUCUGUACAGAUUAAAACAUGAACAUAUCAAACUAGACUUGGACUUACCAGACAUACAACUGCCAUCACAACCAGCAGUAGAUAAAAAAGAAAGUAAACAUUUGGCUAGUUAUUGUCGAAUGAAAAUAAAACAACUUCAACAGAACAGAGAUUCAGAUUAUUUAUUUUUAGGAAGAAGAGCAGAAAUAAAGGUAGAAAGAAGAAGAGCAGAAAUAAAAGUAAAAAGGAAACCAACUAGAGUAGAAGAAUAUGGAAUUGGUUCAAGUAUAGUUGAGAGAAUAAAGUUACAUAAUUUAAUGGCUAACAUGAAGAAAAAAUGUGAGGAAGAGAUCCAUGAUGUAAAAACUUGUCAGAAAUGUCGUGUAAAAUUAGAGGAACUAGAUGGUCAACAAUUAAAAACUGACUUUUUACGUAAAAACUGUCAAAAAAUACAAUCUGAUAUUAUAGAUGAUAAAAUACAGAAUCAUCUUAUUAAAAUGGAAGAAGAGUAG